GCAGAUGCCCCAACCGGGGCCCAGCGAGCGCCAGGUAGUUCCAGUUUGCCAGCAGAAUGAAUACAGAAAGAGACUCAGAAACGACAUUUGAGGAGGAUUCUCAGCCCAAUGAUGAAGUGGUUCCGUACAGUGACGAUGAAACCGAAGAUGAACUUGAGGACCAGGGGCCUGAGGUUGAACCGACACAGAAUCGAGUCAACAGAGAAGUGGAGGAAAGACGGGAGACAUUAAGAAAAGAUUGUUCAUGGCAAGUCAAAGCAAAUGACCGAAGCUUCCACGAACAGCCUCAUUUUAUGAACACCAAGUUCUUUUGUAUCAAGGAGAGCAAAUAUGCGAGCAAUGCAAUUAAAACGUACAAGUAUAAUGCCUUUACCUUUCUACCAAUGAAUUUGUUUGAGCAGUUUAAGAGAGCAGCCAAUUUCUAUUUCCUGGUCCUUCUUAUCUUACAGGCCAUUCCUCAGAUCACAACCCUGGCGUGGUACACCACCCUGGUGCCCUUGCUUUUGGUGCUGGGCAUCACGGCGAUAAAAGACCUGGUGGAUGAUGUGGCUCGCCAUAAGAUGGAUAACGAAGUCAACAACAGGACAUGUGAAGUCAUUAAGGAUGGCAGAUUCAAAGUUACCAAGUGGAAGGAGAUUCAAGUUGGAGAUGUCAUUCGUCUGAGGAAAAAUGAUUUUAUUCCAGCUGACAUCUUACUGCUGUCCAGCUCUGAACCGAACAGCCUCUGCUAUGUCGAAACGGCCGAACUGGAUGGAGAAACCAAUUUAAAGUUCAAAAUGGCACUUGAAACCACACACCAAUAUCUCCAAAAAGAAAAUUCAUUGGCAACGUUUGAUGGUUUUGUUGAAUGCGAAGAACCCAAUAACCGACUAGAUAAGUUUACAGGAACACUCUUCUGGAGAAACACAAGUUUUUCUUUGGAUGCUGAUAAAAUUUUGUUACGUGGCUGUGUAAUUAGGAACACCGAUUUCUGUCAUGGAUUGGUCAUUUUUGCAGGUGCCGACACUAAAAUAAUGAGGAAUAGUGGGAAAACCAGAUUUAAAAGAACUAAAAUUGAUUACUUGAUGAACUACAUGGUUUAUACGAUCUUUGUUCUUCUGAGCCUGAUUUCUGCUGGUCUUGCCAUUGGCCAUGCUUACUGGGAAGCUCAAGUUGGCAAUUAUUCUUGGUACCUUUAUGAUGGAGAAGACUCUAGCCCCUCCUACCGUGGGUUCCUCAAUUUCUGGGGCUACAUCAUUGUUCUGAACACCAUGGUGCCCAUCUCUCUCUAUGUCAGUGUGGAAGUGAUCCGUCUUGGACAGAGCUACUUCAUAAACUGGGACCUGCAGAUGUACUACUUUGAGAAGGACACGCCUGCAAAGGCAAGAACCACUACGCUGAAUGAGCAGCUUGGGCAGAUCCAUUACAUUUUCUCUGAUAAAACAGGCACUCUCACACAAAAUAUCAUGACCUUUAAAAAGUGCUGCAUCAAUGGAAAAAUAUAUGGAGACCAUCGGGAUGCUUCUCAACACAAUCAUAGCAAAAUAGAGCAAGUUGAUUUUAGCUGGAACACAUAUGCAGAUGGGAAGCUCGCCUUUUAUGACCAUUACCUCAUCGAGCAAAUCCAGUCAGGGAAGGAGCCGGAAGUGCGGCAAUUCUUCUUCCUGCUUGCAAUCUGCCACACUGUCAUGGUGGAUAGAAUUGAUGGUCAGCUCAACUACCAGGCAGCCUCUCCUGACGAGGGCGCUCUGGUAAGUGCCGCCAGAGACUUUGGCUUUGCCUUCCUCGCCCGGACCCAGAACACCAUCACCAUCAGUGAGAUGGGCACCGAGAGGACCUACACAGUUCUUGCCAUUUUAGACUUCAACAGUGACCGGAAGCGGAUGUCUAUAAUUGUGAGAACCCCUGAAGGCAGUAUCAGGCUUUACUGUAAAGGUGCUGACACUGUGAUUUACGAGCGGUUACAUCGAACGAAUCCUACCAAACAGGAGACACAGGAUGCCCUGGAUGUCUUUGCAAAUGAAACUCUUAGAACCCUGUGCCUUUGCUACAAGGAAAUUGAAGAAAAUGAAUUUGAAGAAUGGAAUAAAAAGUUCAUGGCUGCCAGUGUGGCCUCAACCAACCGGGAUGAAGCUCUGGAUAAAGUGUAUGAGGAGAUUGAAAAAGACUUAAUUCUAUUGGGAGCUACAGCUAUUGAAGACAAGCUACAGGACGGAGUCCCAGAAACCAUUUCAAAACUUGCAAAAGCAGACAUUAAGAUCUGGGUGCUUACUGGAGACAAAAAGGAAACUGCUGAAAAUAUAGGAUUUGCCUGUGAACUUCUUACUGAAGAAACUACUAUCUGCUAUGGAGAAGAUAUAAAUGCUCUUCUUAACACAAGAAUAGAAAACCAGAGGAAUAAAGGUGGAGUAUAUGCAAAAUUUGUACCCCAGGUGCAGGAACCUUUUUUUCCACCCGGCGGAAACCGUGCCUUGAUAAUCACUGGCUCUUGGUUGAAUGAAAUUCUUCUAGAGAAAAAGACCAAGACAAGUAAGAUUCUGAAGCUGAAGUUCCCAAGGACAGAAGAAGAAAGACGAAUGCGGACCCAAAGCAAAAGGAGGCUGGAAGCCAAAAAAGAACAGAGGCAGAAGAACUUUGUUGACCUGGCCUGCGAGUGCAGUGCGGUCAUCUGCUGCCGGGUCACCCCCAAGCAGAAGGCCAUGGUGGUGGACCUGGUGAAGAGGUACAAGAAAGCCAUCACCUUAGCGAUUGGAGACGGAGCCAAUGAUGUAAACAUGAUCAAAACUGCUCACAUCGGUGUUGGAAUAAGUGGACAAGAAGGCAUGCAAGCUGUCAUGUCCAGUGACUAUUCCUUUGCUCAGUUCAGAUACCUGCAGAGACUGCUAUUGGUGCAUGGCCGGUGGUCUUACAUCAGGAUGUGCAAGUUCCUACGAUACUUCUUUUAUAAAAACUUUGCAUUUACUCUGGUUCAUUUCUGGUACUCCUUCUUCAACGGGUACUCUGCACAGACUGCGUAUGAAGACUGGUUCAUCACCCUCUACAACGUGCUGUACUCCAGCCUGCCCGUGCUCCUCAUGGGGCUGCUCGACCAGGAUGUGAGUGACAAACUGAGUCUCCGAUUCCCUGGAUUAUAUGUAGUGGGACAAAGAGAUUUGUUAUUCAACUAUAAGAGGUUCUUCGUAAGCUUAUUGCAUGGGGUUUUAACAUCGAUGAUCCUCUUCUUCAUACCUCUGGGAGCUUACCUACAAACCGUGGGACAGGAUGGAGAGGCGCCUUCCGAUUACCAAUCUUUUGCUGUCACAAUUGCCUCCGCUCUUGUGAUAACAGUCAAUUUCCAGAUUGGCUUGGAUACUUCUUACUGGACUUUUGUGAAUGCUUUUUCAAUUUUUGGAAGCAUUGCACUUUAUUUUGGCAUCAUGUUUGACUUACAUAGUGCUGGCAUACAUGUUCUCUUUCCGUCUGCAUUUAAAUUUACAGCUCUCCCUCUGCAGAUUCAGAAGCAUCGCAAACGAUUAAAAGCAGAAGAGCAGUGGAAGCGGCGGCCAUACGUGUUCCGUCGUGGCAUGUCCUCCAGGCGCUCGGCCUACGCCUUCUCCCACCAGCGGGGCUACGCGGACCUCAUCUCCACGGGGCGCAGCAUCCGCAAGAAGCGCGCGCCCCUGGACGCAAUCAUCGCUGAUGGGACGGCAGAGUACCGGCGAACUGUGGAGAGUUGAGGCACCGGCCUCAAACUGCCUGGAGCAAAACAGUCACCCAGAGGAAAUGUCUUGCUUUUUGUUUUUGUAUGAAACUCUCAGGACUAGUUUUAAAAAACUGAACUUGUCACAAGGAUUUCGAAGACCUAAUCUUGUUGACAAACUACUUGGGUUGGACUAUUAAGCAAUAGCAAAGCCAAGAAUACCUUUUUAAAAGUCCUAUUGUUCAACUGUUUAUGUUCAUUAGGAUUCAAAGGGAAAUUUGUAAACCAGUCUCAAUCUAGAACAGAAUUAGAAAACGGUCUUGUAUUUCAAUUCCAAUGGUAUUGCAUCAUAAAAUUUGACUUCGAUAUUUCAGUCUGGGAUCUUCAACAAGAAUUUCCCUGAGGGAUAUAUAUAUACCACCUUUUAACCAAGAUCUUUCAUUUAUGAUGGUAGUGAGAAAAGAUUCAUGAAUGUUCACCACCUGGAGCCCAGUGGUCCAAGGCUUUUUCAGAAUUGUCAAGGGGCUAACGGUUUCAUGUUCUCAAAUUGGUUUAAUAAUUCAAUCAAAGAAAAUUGCUUCAGAUUUCGUAAGUACAAGGUUUUAGUCUGUUUUAGUUUACUACGAGGUUAAAAAAGCACAUUGCAUACCUUUACUCUUACUAUUCCAUAUUACUUUAGCCACUUCCUGUAGUUCUGGAUGAGUUUGUCCCCUACUUUCUUAAAAAAAAAAAAGAAAGGAUUUAAAUAUGUAUGGGCUUUUUAAAAAAAAGUUUAAAAAAACUGAGGAUAUCAGUGAUAAAUUGCAAAAUAUUUUGCAAAGCUUUCUUUUGAAAAGCAAACUUUGUGCCUACCUAUAUGUAAAGUAUUUUAUAAGAGACUUUACUAUAUGUAAAGUAUUUAACAGAGACCUCAUUCUUUUACACUUGUUAGAUCUUGAGAGAAAAGGGCUGUUGGUAGCUACAUUUCUAAGACUGCGAGGCAAAAGUUAUUUUUCCAGAAGCUUUUCUCAUUCUGUUUUUCAGUUUCCAUAUUUUCGUGAAGAUGCAGAAGUGUUUUCAAUGAUUCUGUCUGUUAGGCUGUGAACAUUCACAGUACCUGUCCCAUUGAAUUCCUGUGAGGAAAUCUCAGCAUGUACAUCAUUCACUUUCUAGGUAUGAUAAAAGAAUGUAUGGCUCUUUAUGGAAGCAAAUUUCUGAAAGUUUACAACUUCUCUUUAUCUUGUAAAUUUUUUAAAAAUUGUAAGUGGUUUUUUUGUGUGUGUUUGUAAAGAAAAGUUAGCUUGUGUAAUUCUGUUUCAGAUUUCUCUCCCAUUUUGUGAAUUGUGGGAAAGGUUGAGAAUGCAAAUGUGUCAAAGACUUAUGUUGCGGGGUGCAAUAUUAACAAUUUAAAACUGCUUUGGAUAAAUUAUUUCUACAUUCUGUAAAUCUGAGAUUUAAUGUAUAUUUUUGUUUAAAAAAUAAAUGAUUUAGUAAAAUCUU